AUGUCCAAUAAAGACGAUUUGACUCACAAGGAAUAUGUUUCCGAGAAUGUUGCAGGAGUGUUCGUGGAGGACCCGGCCUUGGAGCAACGGAUUUUACGGAAGGUCGACAUCCGCUUAAUUCCACCGUUAUUUGUGAUGUACAUUCUCAAUUACCUUGAUCGAAAUAAUAUUGGAAAUGCUAAGGAGGCGGGCAUGGCUGAGUCCCUUCACCUCAGCUCCUCCGACUAUUCUUUGGCGGUGUCUAUCUUUUUCAUUGGCUAUCUCCUUCUUGAAGUGCCAAGCAACAUGAUCUUGAGUCGGACAAGGCCGAGCUUAUAUCUGCCUGGAUUAAUGAUCGUUUGGGGCGGAAUGGUUAUUGCAUAUAUCGGUAUCAGCACCAAGAAACAUUUGAUUGCCCUCCGCUUUUGCCUAGGGCUUGUUGAAGCAGGCUAUUUUCCCGGAGUUUUGCUAUUCAUGAGCAAUUGGUACAAAAAGAGCGAACUCGCUCGACGCUUUUCGAUAUUCUACUGCGCAUCCCUACUUUCGGGUGCUGUGGGAGGACUUAUCGCCGGUCUUAUUGUAGACAAUAUGCAAAAUAGAGGAAAUCUUCCUGCUUGGAAGUGGCUUUUUCUAAUCGAGGGAUGCAUUACCAUUGGCUUUGCUAUUCUUUCUAUUUUCAUCCUGCCAGACUUCCCAGCGACAACCAAGUGGCUCACGAUAGAAGAAAGAGAAUAUGCGAUGCGUCGUCUCGAACAUGACAACAACUCCACGUUGGCAGGAGAUCUCAGUCAUACCCAGAGCUUUAUCCAUGCAGUCAAGGACUGGAGAACGUGGCUCUUCAUGCUUGCUCAGAGUUUAUGUACUUGCGCCGGUACGAUCACUUAUUUCGUCCCGACACUAAUGGCUGCACUGGGAUAUACUGGAAAAUCCGUUCAAUACAUGACAAUCCCAUUAUAUAUUGCUUCACUAGUUAUCGUCCUCAUCUGUUGCUUUUCGUCAGAUCUUCAGAAUGAACGCCCGAAGCACAUUAUGGUCAUGGCAGCUAUUUCAACCAUAUCAUUGAUCAUUACUGCCGCUGUGAACAACUCAAAAGCUCGAUAUGCCUUUUUAACAUUCGGCGCUGCUGGAAUCUGGUGCUGCAGCCCCUUGACGCUGAGCUACUUGUCCAAUACAAUCUCUCGACCAGCCGAAAAGCGAGCCGUGGCGAUCGGGGUAGUAAAUGCUUUGGCCAAUCUCUCUUCUGUAUAUGGAUCGUAUAUUUGGCCGUCAAACGCUGCUCCCAGGUAUAUUGCCGGAUUCUCGGUUACUACAUCGCUAAUGUUUGGUGCUGUGAUUACGGCUUUUCUCUUAAUGGUUCUCACCAAGAAAUACCCUUAUGAGAAUACUGUUGAUGGAGGGAAAGCGCAGGUGCAGGCCAGUGAAGCAGUCAGGACUUCGGAUGUGUGA